UCCAUACAAUGCACAUUUUCAACAUCAUCCACAGCCACUCCGUCCAUGGCUAAAUUUGCUGCUCUCCUCAACUUACCACCAUUGCAACCCUUUGUGCCCACAAACAUCGGUAGCACAUACGAUAUCAUGAUGGCUGGCCGCUUCAUCGAUUCUUUGUUUCUCGUGGCACACAUUCCGCACAGCGACUCCGCCAUCAUCUUCCGCCGACUUGAUUGUAAAAAUUUUCAAUCGCUGUUCAGAGCUCCGUUCUCCCCUCUUCUCUCCUUCGUCACCCACAUCGCCAGAUUACCCUGCUACAGCACCUUCUAG